UUAAAACGGCCAUUUUGGCUAAAAUAGCAGAAAGAAACAGAACAACUUUAUCUGCGAUUACGAACAGUACGAAAAUCGAGACUAAAAAACAACAACGAACUACCGAACAGCAGAGGACGUUCCGAGUUGCAACUAUUGUGCUGUUACAAUAGUUGCAAGGCCGUUGCGAACAACGGUGAAGGGUAAAAGCCAGCCCUCCGAGUUAGCGUGAACCUGAGGUUAAGGAGCUUGAUUCACUGGAUUCAAGAAUCCGGAAGGGUUUCGGGACUGGAACUUUUAGCCUUUUAUAUAAACUUUUAGCUUCUUGUCAUGUCCUGAAUUGAAUUUAAUUAACAACUGGAUUCGUUUUGAUAAGGAUGAGAAGCUAGGAGUUGGGGGAAAGGGUUGAUCCAUCUUCGAUGGAGAUGAUGAUUUUUAUCUACUGAACAAAAACAAUAGUAAUAUGAUAAGUAGUAGCCCUGUUUUUAGGAGUGACCUCGUGGUCUGGGGAUACAGAGACCCAGCCAUGAGCUCACUAAUUUCGCAUGUAAUUCAGUUAAUUUGAGCGUUCUGGUCGAAGCCGGAGAACAGUAGCGUUUUUGUCAGCCUGAUGUAAGAAAGACCACCGAAAAGUACUGGCUUGGUAGAGACGGUGAAAAACAUGCAAAGCUCUGUUUAGACGCUAGCCAGUCGUCUUAAGACUUAGUUUUGUUAUCCGUCGAUAUGUAUCUUCCGGGCGAAUGUUACAUUUUCAAUGAACUUUUUCGUAUACUAGUUGAAAUCCGUCCGCUCUAAAUUGAGGCAUGUUAGUUGUUUUUUUUUCUUUCAAUUUGACUGGUACUGCUUAUGCCUCAUAAUUGGCCUGCAUCAUUUAGCAAUUAUAUAGACUCAUGUUUUCCCCAGUAACGUUAUCGGUGAUAUUUUGGCUUGUGUUUGCGAAGUGCAACUUCGCCUCUGUGUAAACUCAGUGCUUGUGUCCUACUGGGCUAUUUCUGAUGAGACGAGUUCUGAAGAUGAAUUCGGUUGCCUUCGACUAUCGUAGAAUUGCUAGAAGUUUUAGAAACGAUGCGCUCAAGUAGCAGAAAUAAAAGACAAAUCAAAAUUGCGUAAGAGAAAAAAACAAGUUAGUUCGGACUAGUUUUUCUUUCAAGUGCUAAGUAACUCUGGUUCCUACUUGUGGAUCAAGAGGACCAUUCGGGAUGAAACAGUUUUUCUGAGACUACUAUUGAUUUCCAGAACAAAAAAUAAGUUUAUAAGAACAAAAAUAAGUUCUCCUCUGCCUUAGGGGGUGCAAAAAUCUUAAAAAUGUAUCCAACAUAGACAACUCUAUCUGUGCUAUAAUCGAGGAGGGUAGAUUUUAAUUGACAAUUCUCUGGAUGCAUUAAAAUCGACUUGAUUUAAUCAUAAAAUUUUGCCGAUGUAUUUAUAUAGCGUUGGUACGGCCCCUUUCCAACCUGUGAACGUACCGUCGCAUGAUGGAAGGGCCCAUUUUAAUUGACCCUUUUUUAAAGAAAAACUAUUGAUUUCCAGAGCACAAUUCUCUAAAGAGCUGAAACCCGAUUAGUAUCACAUUGUUAGCUUAUAUCAAACACAGAUAUGAUUCACAGUUGCCCUUAUCAAAAAUUUUGAUAAAACUGCUGGCCGUUUAUUUGAAGUUCAUACUAUGCGAUAUGCUCCAAUCUUCUAUUGGUCUUCUGUUUUGAUUAAAUCUCCGAAAACAUUAUCUUGGAGCGUUAAAGAAUUAUACAACAGGCCUUAUUCGCAACAAGUUAUCAAAAUGACUGAAGUGAAAAAAUUCGACAUUGAUUUGAGGAGCGAUACUGUUACAACCCCAACAGCCGAAAUGCGACAGGCAAUGGCUAAUGCAGACGUUGGAGAUGACGUUUUCUCGGAAGACCCGACGGUUGCUAAGCUUGAAAAGAAAGUUUCUCAACUAUUAGGGAAAGAAAAAGCACUCUUCGUGACCAGUGGAACUAUGGGCAAUCUUCUAUCGAUCAUGGCCCAUUGCUGGGGGAGGGGCUAUGACAUAAUAGUGGGUGACAAGUCACACAUCAUCAAGUACGAACAGGGAGGAGCCAGUUGCAUAGCAGGAGUGGUGAUCAGAACUAUCCAUAAUGCACCAGAUGGUACUAUUAGUCUGGACGAACUGGAUCUGACGAUAAAUCCAGGCAUUGAUCCACAUAAGACCAAGACGAAGAUGGUAUGUCUGGAGAAUACGCACAAUAUGUGUGGUGGUGUUGUACUGAGUCCAGAGUACUGCUGGAAGGUGCAUAAAAUUAUGAAAAGCCACGGAGAAGAUAUUGCUCUUCAUUUGGACGGCGCACGACUUCUAAACGCAGCAGUAUCUUUGAGCGUGGAUCCCAAAGAACUGACUGAACCAUUCGAUUCGGUCAAUCUAUGUCUCUCGAAAGGUCUAGGAGCUCCUGUGGGUUCUGUCAUCUGUGGCUCACAACAAUUCAUAGAUCGGGCUAGACGGCUCAGAAAGAUGGUUGGAGGAGGAUGGAGACAAGCGGGGGUUCUGGCAUCAUGUGGGUUGGUCGCUCUUGAUGGAUUUGAACAGAAACUGGGCGCGGAUCAUGAAAAUGCGCUGCUGUUUGCAUCUAAGAUCAAGAGCGUGCCUGGAAUUGAGCUUGAUCUGUCUUCUGUGCAGACAAACAUGGUAUACUUCACGGUGAAGUCGGACACAAUCACUGCCCAGGGGCUGGUGGAUCAAUUAGCCAAUAGGAAGCUAGGAGAUGGCAGCUCGGUCAACGUGGGAGUUUUUGCAGUCGGUCCCUCAGUCAUCAGAGCUGUCUUUCAUCAUCAAGUGUCAUCCGACCAAGUGCUGAAAGCGGCUGAUAAAAUUUCUCACAUCAUGACAGUUUAAAGUGAUUUACUUAGUCAAUUAUUUUUUAAUAAGAUUGAAUUGGAAUAAAUGACAUGUUUUUUUUUUCUAAUAGCUAAUCUUGAAUUACCAAAUUUGUAUUACCGAUUAA